CCCCCGCCACGUUCCCCACAGGCUGACACAGAGAGAGAGAGAGACAGAGAGAAGACAGCAUGCGGUCCCAUUCAUUUCUAUUCCUGGCGCUGUGCUCCGGACUUAUUGUGGAGAUUAUCACCGCGACCAGCGAACCCCUGCUGUCUCCAUUAUCCUGUUUCGCACCCACCAACAUUGAACAUGGCCACUACCACUAUGAGACCCAUGAAGGUGAGAAUGAGUCCGGGGCCGUGAUCAGAUAUGUUUGUGACCAACCAUUCUGGAAGCUACCUCAGGAGGACCACGGAAUCUAUGUAUGCUCGUGUAGUCAUCAUUGGGAGAACACGGUACUUGGUUACACACUUCCAACUUGUGUGAAAGGUAAAAUGGGGAGGGGCAGGCGCACU